AUGAACAAGAAACUACGGUCGAUACCUCAGAUCAACAAAAGCGGCAAGUUUCAAGUGGUGUUUGAUGUUGAAGAAAUGAAGAUUUCGCACAAAGGCUCCAAGCAAGUAAUGGCGAUGGCCGAUCUUGUGGAUGGCCUCUACUGGCUUCGUACAUCCCAAAGAUCCGUGAGCGCGGCUUCAGGACCAAGAGUCGGAAAACUUCAUGCGCGUAUGGGCCACGCACCGGUUGAUGUCUUGUGCAGGAUGGUCUCCAAGGGCAUGAUCAAGGACGUCGGGAUGCCAACAAAAUUGAGCGGAUCAAGCGUUUAUCGCGGUUGUCAAGAAGGAAAGAUGGUUCAACGACCGUUCCCAAGCAAUCCAAACAAGCGCCAGUAUGACCCGUUUGAGCUCCUGCACAUCGACACUUGUGGACCGAUGGAAGUCGACUCGCUGGGCGGAAGCCGAUACUCACUUCUGAUCGUCGAUGAAGGCAGUGGAUGUAUGAAAGGUUUCAGCCUGCGCGCCGAAUCCGACAGAGAAGCGUGCAUCAAGAAGUACAUCGCUGCGGUGCAGACACAAUUUGAAUACAAGGUCUAG